AUGACCGCCCCAAUUCCACAUGGCCAGAUUAGUAGCGCUGGCUCAAAAUAUGGCCUGUCCGAGAGAGCUGCUUUUAAUUCGGCCCAAGACCAACCAUGGGAUGCGAUUGAGAAGAUGGUGGCAAAUGUCUGGGCGCCUACUAAUCCCAAUGGCCUAGUGUUUCUCAAUGUGGCCGAGAACAUUCUCUUGCACCAGGAAGUGGCCACGCGUAUCGAGGACGAUUCAACUAUCGUUCCGAAUGAUCACCUGGGCUACGGUUUCCAGGCACAUAAGCCUGUGCUGGAAAAGCAGAUCCUUAUCCUACCUGGAGCUGUGGCCGUGAUCGAUUCCCUAAUAUGGUCCAUCUGUAACGACGGGGAAGGCGUCAUCGUUCCAGUGCCUAUCUAUACAGGCUUCAAACCAGCCGUCUCGCUCAGAGCGUGGGGAGUGCUCGUGCCCGUGUCAUCCCAGGAUAUCGCGGGUUACCGGGGUUUCGAUGACGUCUUUGCCCCUGAAAUGAACAAGAAGGCGUUGGAGAAGCCCCUGCUACAAAGUCCGCAGAGUCGCUUAGAGAGAUCGCCCGUUUCUGUAGUUGCAACAAUCUGCAUCUGA